AUGUGUGACACAGAGGAGUUUGUGGAGGAGUUUGAGGAAGAACAGGAGGAGGUGAACGAAGAGGAAGAGGAGGAGGUUGAAGAGGCUGAGGAGGAAGAAGAGGCUGAAGAAGAAAAAACUUAUGAGAAAGAGGCAGAGGAGGACACCAAACCAAAGCCCAAGAUGUUUGUUCCCAACAUUAUGGCACCAAAGCUGCCUGAAGGAGAGAAGGUGGACUUUGAUGACAUCCACCGGAAGCGUGCGGAGAAGGACUUCAAUGAAUUGCAGAGUCUCAUUCAGCUGCACUUCUCCACCAGGCAGAAGGAAGAGGAUGAGCUCGUGGGUUUGAAGAACCGUAUUGAGCGGCGUCGGGCUGAUCGUGCUGAGCAGCUGCGCGUCAGAGCGGAGCGUGAUCGCGAGAGGCAGGCGCGACUUGCCGAGGAAAGAGCACGGCGUGAAGAGGAGGCCGCCAAACUGCGAGCCGAGGAGGAUGCCAGGAAAAAGAAGAUCCUUUCCAACAAGGGCUACGGUGGCUUCCUGCAGAAGGUGGAUCAGAAGAAGGGCAAGAGGAUGACAGAGCGCGAGAAGAAGACCAAGUGUCUGAUGGAGCGUCGCAAACCGCUCAACAUCGAUCAUCUCAACCAGGAGAAGCUGGGAGAGAAAGUCCUUGACCUUUGGAAGUGGUUCACUCAACUCCACGCUGAGAAGUUUGAGCUGGCAGAAAAGUUAAAGAAGCAGAAGUAUGACAUCAAUGUUUUGCGAAACCGCGUUAUUGACCAUCAAAGAGGAGCCAAGACAUCCAAGACCACCAGGAAGUCCUGGAAAUAA